AUGGGGGCCCUUCGGUGGCUGCUCCUCCUCUGGCUGCUCCAGCACGGUGACCAAAGGGGACUCUGGAGAUGAUGUGGAUCCCAUGAUGUAGUUGGGGUUCUUCAGGAAUCCAUCCUCCUGCCCUUGGAAAUACCAUCCAAUGAAGAGGUUGAGAGCAUCAUCUGGUCCUCCUCCACGGAGCUUGCCAAGAUAGUGCCCCGGACCGAGGCACAUCCAAGCACCUUCACUUUGUAUGACCUGCGCUACCAGGACCGCGUGGAUCACCUGGACCCCAGCUAUUCCCUGCGUAUCAGCAACCUGAGCAUGGAGGACGCAGGGCCUUACCAAGCACAGGUCAACCUAAGGACAUCCCAGCUCGUCAUCCUACAGCGCUAUGAACUCCACGUCUACUGGCGCCUGUCAGAGCCCCGGAUCACUGUGAACAUGGAGAUCUUGGGGGACAUCUCCUGCAAUGUGUCCCUGACAUGCUCUGUGGAGAAGGCAGGCCAUGAUGUGACCUACAGCUGGGUGUCCCUGGAGGACGGCACCAACACCACCCACGAAGGCUCUGUCCUCAACAUGUUCUGGAGGCCUGGGGACAAAGCCGUUUCCUACACCUGCAAGGCCAACAACACUGUCAGCAGCAUCAGCUCUCGUCCCAUUUCUGGCAGACUCCUCUGUGCAGAUCCAGGCUGUCCUUCCCAGAAGGCUGGAGGGCCCUUCUGCAUCCUGGCCAAAGGGCUGCUCCUCCUGGUGCUGUUGGCGAUGCUGGCCGCGGGGCUCUGGCUCAGCCGGAGCUGGGUGAGACGUGAGAUGCCGGAGGGGAAGAAACUCAGGAGAAAUAGAAUGAGGCUGAGAAAGAAGGACAAGCUGGGCCCUAGCCUGCCCUGAUGCCCCUGGGGCCCCUUCCUGUCCUCUCAUGGGGCGAAUGAUGUGUGGCCAAGGGACACAGAGUGAGGGAAGACUGUCAAUAAAGUCGAGUGAAGAACCUGUGCCUCAGAGGAACUGCCUUAGGUCCUUCCCUGGGCAGCUCUGGCAAAUCCCGAGCCUUGAGCCCCUCUCCUGCCUUCUUCUGUCCCAGAUCCCGGCUCUUCUUCCCAGAAGACCGGAGAACCCUUCUUUACUGGGGUCUCUGUUCCCUCAGGAGCCCACACUACCCAGCCUACCCUCGGGGAAAGGCAGUCUAAAGGCUUGUUCACAACGAGGUGUUGGCAUG